AUGUCGCUCGCUCUGGUGGUCUUCGCACAGGGGGGCUUUCCAGUGGAGGCAGUGCGCCUGCAGAUUCGGACCGCCAGCGUGGUGAUAUCCGCAACCUGGGCGGGCGCCAUCGCCAGCGUUGCGCAGCUCUUCCUGUGCGACAGCGAUUUCGAGGACGACGAGUCGUACCUGGUCGCGCUCGGUUAUCAGGAGCAGUGCUCCAUGUACAACCCCACAUUCCGCGUUUUGCGCGUCUUUGGUGUCGCCAUCGGCAUCUUAUGGACGAUUGUGUUACCAGCGCUGAUUCAGAUGACCCUGCGGCGUUGGCGCGACAGAGUGCGGCCUGCUGUGCAUGAAAUCACGAGUGCCGUACAGUUCUUCGUAGAGGACGAGAACACGUUGACAUGCCAGUGCACAGUCGUCGACCUCUGCAAGCGUGCUGGAGCCGCCGCGCUGGAGGACGCUGUGGGCGCUUCGUGCGGCGUGUACACCGCAUGGCUCAGGGCGUAUUCCACAAAUCAUGGGGACAGUGCCGCCUCGCUUCAGCGUGCCAGUGGAGGCCGCGAUUGGGCGAUUUUGCGACUGAGCCUCAGUGGGCCGACCGCUUCCCAGCUCGCAGAUGACCUCGCCGAUGCGGCUGCUGCCGACGCGGAGCGGUUGCAAGCGUUGCAGGCAAGUCUUCGCGUGCGUUUGUUGCUUCUGCGUUGGCAGCGCGAGGGUAGGGAGCCCGUGCUCUGCGGCUUGGGCUUCUUUCAAAAGUACGACCCCGCGUUCGUUUCUUUCGAGCUCAUGCUGAAGAUCAUGACCACAGCGUUCGGAUACGUUGCCGCAGUGACUGGCACUCUGAAUAAAGCCGUGGUCGGCAUGGGCACCUGCGCAACCGCGCUGAUGCUCCUCGUUAACCUGAGUCCCCACAUCGAUAGGAGCAACGACCGGUUGCUCGCUGCGUGUUUCUCGUCUCUCUUGGUGGCUUGUUCGUUUUUGGCACUGUGUGCACUGAAUAUGGUCGACCGAACUGUUCUGUCCCAAGUCCUGCGUCCAACCUUGGCGGUUCCAGUUGCGUUGCUCGCUUGGGAUGUCGCGAUGAUGCUACUUCCAGAGCAGCGGAAGAAGUCUUUAAUAUUUUUGUUCGAGCUCGAGUCCAAGCGUCUGGAGUAUUUGCACACAACGGAUGGCUCUGAUGGAAAGCCCUUGGCCACCGAGGCAGACACGGCGGAAUUGGUCGUCGCGAGCGGCAAAGGUCCUUGA